AGCUGAGGAGGAUGCUGAACAAGGCAUUUUGAAGCCCGGAGCAGCUCUCACCACUCCUGGUCUUUCUUUCUUUCUUUUUAAAAUUUUAAUUAAUUAAUUUCUAUUUAUUUUAGCACAUUCUUUUCCUCCCAUUAUCAUCAUUUCUGUUUAGCCAUUUUUUUGUAUUAAAUCCUGGGACACUGAAAGUAUUUCGGGUGCAUUCCUGCUGUUGGCUGGGACUAUGAUUUAUCAGUGCUUGCAGCUUUGUUCUCAUGACAGACUCGCUCUCCUUCGGUCUCAUUCAGACGGAAGAGAGCGGUGAAUUGUCUUUAACUUUCUUGAGCAUCUUCGACGAUUCCAGCUGCAGCAGGUACUUUUUGCACUUGAGCGGCUGUCCUGUGUGUAGGUGUUGAAGCAGCCAUGUGGAGCAGAGAGAGCGCUCCUUUACUCCUCAUCUGCCUGCUGGCGCUCACGGCUCUCUGGAAAACCAGAUCAGCGAAUGCAGAUGCCGCGACUGAUUCCUUUCAAACCAACAUCACUCUGUUCACACGCAUCCUGGACAGCCUGCUGGAUGGAUACGACAACCGUCUACGGCCUGGUCUCGGGGACAGGGUAACUGAGGUGAAAACAAACAUCUAUGUUACCAGCUUUGGACCAGUUUCAGACACAGACAUGGAGUACACCAUAGAUGUUUUCUUCCGGCAAAGCUGGAAGGACGAGAGGUUGAAAUUCCACGGACCGAUGAAUAUUUUGCCCCUCAACAACCUGAUGGCGAGUAAGAUUUGGACCCCGGACACCUUCUUUCACAAUGGGAAAAAGUCUGUGGCCCAUAACAUGACCAUGCCUAACAAACUGUUGAGGAUCAAAGAUGAUGGGACGCUGCUGUACACCAUGAGGUUAACUGUGCAUGCAGAGUGCCCAAUGCAUCUGGAGGAUUUCCCCAUGGACUCUCAUUCCUGUCCACUAAAAUUUGGCAGCUAUGCCUACACAAUCUCAGAGGUGACUUAUGCUUGGACUCGAAAUGCCUCCGAGUCUGUUGUAGUGGAAGGAGAAAGCUCCCGCCUGAACCAGUACGACCUGCUUGGGCAAACGGUCGGACAAGAAACUAUCAAAUCUAGCACAGGUGAAUAUACGGUGAUGACAGCUGAAUUCCAUCUGAAGAGGAAGAUUGGCUACUUUGUUAUCCAGACUUACCUCCCAUGCAUCAUGACAGUCAUUCUUUCCCAAGUGUCUUUCUGGCUGAAUAGAGAAUCAGUGCCAGCUAGGACUGUGUUUGGCGUAACCACUGUUCUCACAAUGACAACACUGAGUAUAAGCGCAAGGAACUCCCUACCGAAGGUUGCCUACGCCACUGCCAUGGACUGGUUCAUCGCCGUUUGCUACGCCUUCGUCUUCUCUGCUUUGAUUGAGUUUGCCACUGUCAAUUACUUCACAAAGCGGGGCUGGGCUUGGGACGGAAAGAGCGUCGUGACUGACAAGAAAAAAGAGAGAGCCUCCAUCGUCAAGAAGAACAACGCCUACGCUGUAGCAGUAGCCAACUAUGCGCCUAAUGUCACCAAGGAUUCCAGCACACUUCCCACCAUCGCCAAAGGCGGAGCCGCGGAUCCCAACAAGCCCAAAGCAGAUGGCAAAGCCCAAGAAAGCAAGAAGACGUUCAACAGCGUCAGCAAAAUUGACAGGCUGUCACGGAUUUUAUUUCCUGUUCUCUUUGGCAUCUUUAACCUCGUCUACUGGGCCACCUACCUAAACAAAGAACCCGUUAUACCAAAUAUGGUCCCCUCUGUUUAGAGACCAGUUUUGAUAGCUUCUUGUCUGGGGACUAAGCGAUGAAUCAAAUACCUCCAGCAACUGUGUACACAAACCUUUGCAGAGUGAAGCCCUGGACUGCAGUGUGACCCUCUAUCUUCGCCUGUUUUCUACACUGUCUGCAGCACUUUUAAGAGCCCGGCUUUUGUAAAUGUGUAUGUAUAUUUAUAUUUAUGGUUUCAUGGUGACAUUAUAUUGUGCGAUGAUUCCAAUUAGAGUGCAUAUGUCCUUCAAAGUAUGUUUCCAGUUUCAGUAUGUGGCUGCUGUACAUACAGAUCCAGUGACGAGUAAACACAUGAUCAUUAAGACUUACAUUUGAUUUCGAAUCACUUCUAAGUGUGUUGAAUUCAGCUGUAAUGCCCACUUUCUUGAUAUCACAGUAUAUAUUUUUGUCUCGAGUGAAAGGGACUGAGUAUAUCAUUUUAAUUCUUUCUUCAUGUAAGAGUCCCCUGACUCUUUUUCUUUAUUUCCAAGCCAAUGCAAAAACACACUUGUAUAAUAUUGUUACAGUUUAAAGCUUGUUUUAUUAUCUCUGACUACAGGUAUGGGGCUGCAAUAAAUGAUCACAACACUCCCAAAUCCCAACAGGCUGUGAAAAUAAAUAGAUACAAAAUGAGACUGGGUAGUUCUGCCAGCUCGAUAUACCAUUUGGGAUUGCAGGACAAUAUCACAAAAGAAACACAAGGAAAAAAUGAAUUGACAGUAUGAAAAAAAAGACAUAUUUCCCAAAGGUUGUGCAUGUGUAACAUGCACAACCUCAGAAAUCAGAAAAUAUUGGAACUACUUAUAACCCAGAAAAGAAGAAUUUGUGCAGAACGACAGUAGAGAAGUGGACUAGUAUCGGAUCUCCAAAAGUGAACAGAAGAAUUAAAAUUUUUCCAAUAAAAAAAUUAACUGGAAGUUAUUUCCUCUGUCCAUUGUGGGGUGCAGAAGAACACCACAAAAAUCAAGCAGACAGUGAAAUUUAUGCUUCUGCGUUAAAUAUACGCUGUAGGGAUGCUGUAACCGCAAACCCUUUCUGAACUUAGACCUGACGUGCGCCUCCCUGCAAGUGUAGCUACACCUCGUGUUAAUGCAGCCUGCAACAACUGUUAGUGGCCCGUUCAGUGACAUUGUUUCCUCCGUGCCGUUUCUUCUUUUAAAGUCGACUCCAGUACCCCUGAUGCUAACUAGUGUUCUGGCUGCAAAAUUGCAGAGUAACGCAGGCACACUGCCACAAGUAGCAAUGCGGACUACGGCUAAGUCGUUGGCUCUGCAGAGAUUUAACACAGAAGUGUAAAUCUGGAAUGCUAGCAAACACUUUGACUGUUUAUACACCAGCAGGAACUAAAAAGCAUUAGCAUUCAUUGUUUAAAAUGUAAGGCAGAUGUUCACUCACUUUUUUGCUCUGUCUUAGUCUCUCCCAGGGAAACUAGCCACUAGCUUUUAUUGUUUGUUUUUUGCUGACUGUAGCUGGAGGUUUGCUGCACCUUAAACCAAAACUAUGACUUAAAAUAGGCUUAAAAAUCUGCUUGGACGUGCAGUCAAGUGAUAACUCUCUGGGCUUGUUAAAACAAAUGACUCCGUUCCUUAAAAACUAUGUACAUGUCAGUUAUAAGCAGGAGACUGUUUCACAGACACGCUAACAAGCUAGUGUCAAGUUAUUUAUUCUGAAUAAUUCCAUUUGUUUAUUUCUGGUGCAUAGUGUAAAUGCACAUGUAAGUCAGUCUUUAGAUAAACCCAAUGUGCAGACUGCCUAAGCUUGUUGUGGCACCAAUCAUCACUUUAAUUUUUGCUUACAAUCCAUAGCCAAUAUUGGGCUAUUAAUAACACAAACACAGCUUCUUUUUUUCUUAUAAUAGUCACAUUCCUCUUUCUUUGUAUUUGGCCUAAAGUGAGAGAACACAGCCAAAAUUUAGAGCUAAAAUAUUAUCUUAUAAAAAGGUAUCAGGUGGUUUUAUCGCCUAUAUAACUCAUAAGCCAUAUGCAAUCUGUAAUCCAGUUCCACACCAUCAGCUAAAUAAUGGUGGAACCAAUUAUGUGCUAUAAAAAAAAAAUCUAUUAAAAAAAUCACAAGCUUAAGCUAAAGUUAAUGAAAUAUCUUGGUGGUGGUUAAAUCCUGCAAAAACCUCCUUUGGUCUCUGAACAGUGUGAGGAAGCUGGACUCCCUGACUCUUUUUGUUGACGAUACACUUCCUUUCCCACUCUUUCUUCCAUGAUUAUUGUAUAUUGUAUAAGAAAAGUCAUGAUCAGCCCCAUAUCAGCAGUCAUAUGUGUUACUCUAAGGUGUUACUUUUUCCAUGAGGUGAUAUACUUUUUCUUCACAUAAAUAUUUUAACUUAAUUUAUCUUAAUUUGUUUGUUGAAGCAAACUUUGCAUGGAGACAAAAUCUAUGAUUUUUUUUUUUAUUCAUUUUUCUUAUGUCAUUGGAUAUAAUUCAUAUUUCCUCCAACAUCCUGACAGAGUCUUAAACAUUCCAGAUAAAGGGAUUGUUCACCAGGUGGAUGAUUGAUUCAGUGCACAGUUUUUAAUAAAACACAUUAUUUCAGUUCUUA